UUGUAGAUUGAAUCAUAUGCGCGUUAUAUUCGGCUAUUCAUAAACAUGAUCGUUGCUAAUUGUGGUAUUUAAUUAAUACAAAGUGGUUAAUUGUAACAAUCUGUUUUAUCUGGUGUUUAAAAACAGGAAAAUAAAAAUGGCAGAGGCUUGCGUAAACACCAGCAGAUUACCUAUCCAAUGUCCAGUCUGCCUUGAAACAUACAAAAGACCACGUACUUUACCUUGCCUUCACACAUUUUGCUCCAGCUGUCUUCACGGUCAUAUAACAAACGCAGCACAGAACUCGAACUUCUCGUCUUUCUUAUGUCCAGUGUGCCGUGCUAACACAAGAGCGCCUAAACCAUACGCCAGUAGAGAAACGUGGGCGGAUCAGUUUCCGAUUAAUCAUUGGAUAGUGUCCGUCAUAGACGAGGCAACUACCAUAACACCUGAUGACGCACUUUACUGUGAUGUACAUCCAGAUUCUAAAAUUAACCUCUAUUGUUCUGACCACGAGGCUGUUUGCUGUGCUAUGUGUAUCGCGACUGCACACAGAAAAUGCGAUCACGUCGAAGAAAUUGUUAACAUGCUGGAUUCGUCUGACAGCGAACAAGUACAGAAAGAAGUGCUUAUAAAGGUAAAGCAGUCCGAAGACAUUCUAACUGAUCUUGAUGCUAAAUGUGCGCUUGCUGACAGCAAUCUUCAGAUUGAUAAAGACAAAAUGACCAAUAUUAUCGAGAAGGAAUACAAUGACGCUUUGACCCAUUUGGAUGCACUGAAAACGACCGCAAUAGAUAAAGUAGAACAAAACUGUAGACUGAUUACAAAUGAGAUCCGUACACGAAAGCUCAUUUGUAAUAAAGGAAAACAAACGUGUAAACAGGUUAAAGAAAUGCUGGAGGAAAAAGGAAAGAACAAAGGUCCGUUUUCAAAUUUUAUCCAAAGUCAUGCAGCAAAACUAAAAAUGAAAUCAGUAGAUGUUUGCGUUGCAAAUAAUUGGUCUUUUAAUGAAGCAAAUUCGUUUAAAUUUGAAGUUGACCCGCAGUUUAUAAAUAUCAAAAGCAUUCCAUUACUCGGAAGAGUAAAGGACAUGAGAUGUUCUACAACCGAAAGCAAUAAUACAACGACUGAGACAAAUCGGUUGACAGUAAAUCGUGUCGAUCAGUCAAACAGAGUAGAUCAAGUUGAAACAGAGCGAGAAACACGAAGAACUCAUGACAUCGAGUAUUCACUGCAAAACAUAGCAAAUCAAAGAAGCAAUCCUUACAAUAACAGUAUAAUGACAACGCCUAUUGGUAGAUGUUCCGAACUGCAACACGUAAUGUACUGGAACAAUCCCUUAUUUAAAAAACAUUGGCUAUCAGGUCUGACAUUUUUUCAUCACGAACUUAUGAUGGUAUGCGACCAGUCCGAAGGUUCUGUUUGCCUGAUAAGAGAUGGAACUAUCCUCUACGAAGACAGAAGAAGAACAACGCCUUGGGAUAUCACGGAAUUCACCGACACCAGUGUUGUUGUCACUUAUCCGCAAGAAUGUAUCGUGCGAAUAUUUGAAAUAAAAUGCAAUGUAGCUGUGCUGAAGCUGUUUAGGAGACCUUCAAUCAUAGGACGUCCUGUAAGUGUCCAUAGAAGCUUUCCUACCAAAGAUGCAUGCUUUGGCGUAACUUCCGUAUCUGAUCGAAUCUUUCUUGCGUGUGAGGACUGCAUAAAAGUGUACACAGAAAAUGGUCGUUGUGUUCAGCUGUUAAAACUGUCUCAUCGUGUAGAGCCGCUUUUUGAGAGGGUCAUCGGCCUUACAUACGAUCGCCGGCGUUCGGUCUUGUACGCCGCAGAUGAAGUUAGCAACAAAAUCUUUUCAUUUCAAUUAAAAGACAGUCAGUUAUCGCACCAGCCUAACUUUGUAUACAAGGAUUCGAGCUUACGCUGUCCUAGAGGUUUAUCUAUAGGAACGCAAGGAGAGAUUUACGUAUGUGGAUUUGUUUCUAAAUCUAUCCAUAUUUUAAACACUUACGGUAACUGUAUAGGCAUUUUGUCAACAGAGCAAAGGCCCUGUGGUAUUUGUGUUGAACAUAAACAAAGUUUAGUGGUUGUUAGCUUUUAUCCUGAUACGGAACGAAAACAGGAUAUAUCAAAUGACGUCCGAUUUUACAAAGUAAUGAAACGAUUCUGAUGUAUUAUUGUUUGAUAUGAUAGGAAUGCACCCAGACUUUAUUUCACAAGACAGCUACGUAACCGUAUAUUUAAAUACGGACUGAGCGAAGUUAUCAGUCAAAUACCAAACUUUCCGUGAAGCACUUGAUGAAAAAAUGUCUUUACAUACACGUUGACUUUUUUAUACAGGACAUCAGUGUACUUUGUAUUCCUGAAGAUGUUUCAACUGUGCCAUCCGCCAAAUAUCUUUGCUUAUAUCUUCUUUUAUACAUAUCAAACUUUUUGUGUCAUCACAUCCGACAGCCGUGUUAUAAUACGAGUAUUGAAUAUAUUCUUUGUUGUGAGCAUUGGGGCAUAUGGACAUGGUGAAAUCACAAUAAUUGUUGCAGGUAAACGCAACCGUGUUUGUUCUUUCACAUAUAAUUCAAAUGUGAGGUGAAUCGCCAUGAACUAUUUAUUGUAAUUUUUGCAAGAACAAUGUUUUAACUUCUAGUUAUCUCUCUUCCUUGCCUCUUUGUUUCCUCUGAUAUACUUGUGUUUUAUUUCUUUGUACCCAUAACCUAAUCCUUUGAAGUUGAUUAUACUUUAUCUAAGGUUAUGUCAUACUGUGUUUAAGCACGUCACAUGUAAGGUUUCUUUAUCAUGAUACAUGUAAUAUGAUCGCACGUAUGUUUUUUUUUUUUUGCUUGAUGUACAUAUUAAGAGUUUUUUUAAUAUCGCAUAGCACAUUCUGCAUUACUCUUUAACUGCUCAAAAAAUGCAAUAUAAACAUGACAAGACUAUCCCUAUGUACGAAUUACGAUGAAAAGUAAAUGUUACCAACAACCAUAAAGUAGUAAAAGACAAAUCCUUAAUUGGUCAAUAUUAGAGCCUUAAGUUAAAUAAUCAUAAUUAUUUUAUGCUUAUUGGCGAAAUACUGGAAAAUAGCAGUGAGAUAUAAAUCGAUAUCACUCACAGUGCCGAACUUCUUUUUUUCCAGAUAAAUUAUCUCCCUUGAAAUAUAUUCUUUAAUUACCUCCCUUUGCUGCCUUUAAAAUUACUGGAUUAUACUAAUACUCAAGCCAUACACGAGUCAUGAACUGCUAGACAAUCCUAUAUAGAACAAGCAAGCUACAUAAUUAAAUUUGCAAAAGAAAUAAUGUUACCUUUGUCAGCUUGGUUGCUAGGCCUUGCCAUUCAUGUAGCUACAGAUAUAUGUGUGUUUCCUCUACUUUUUUUCCACUGGUACACUAUCGUGUGGUAGAUUUUACUGGCGACAUCACAUUUAGUUGGUUGUUGUCUUAGUUAAUUAUCACAAGACAUCAACUCAACCUUACGUAAUAUGCCAGCAUUUUCGUCGAAGUAUUCCCACUCCAAGACCCAACUCCGAGCCCAGCCAGUUGUAUUCCAACUUCCAUCCAAUUUGUUAUGCUAUGCAGCCCCUAGAUCAAUAUUUCCUAGGUAUUACUAUUGAAUCCAUGAUGAUAUUUAAUUCUGCAGCUUGAUUUUCCAAGGACUUACGCAUAUUCCACAGUUGUUUAGAUUUUUCGUGUUGUUUUUUUAAUCUGACCUUCAGCGUGUGUUUUGGUAAACAAAGCAAGCUUCCGGUUAUUCAACGAACUGACGGUUUGACCCGAAAAGUUUUAAAUAUGCUUCUACUUAACUACCGGCAUUUGUCAAUGUUUCUGUUAGCCGCGGACUGUGUAUUUUUACACAAAAUAUUUAAUGCAGUUUUUGUUUUUAAAAACAAAAUGGCGUCGUGUUGAUUUAAUGAACCUAAUCACCAAUAUUCGAUAUCAAUGUGCAUAAGUUUCCAUGGUAAUUUAGCGGAUGUAUCAUAUGUAACACGGUAGCUUAAAUAAAUCCGAAUUUCGUCAAGAAAUAUUGGAUUUAUAUGAACAUUUAUGCACGUAAUAAACAGAAAAUUCGUUGAUCUUCACAAACUAGCAUAAAAUAAAAAGAAAAUUUGUUUGUUUGCAGUGAGAUAUCGAAAUAUAUCAUCACCGAUAAGGGAGACAAUUCUGAUAUUUUCACUCAGGCUCCGCCUUCGUGAAAAUAUUCAAUUGUCUCCCUUAUCGGUGAUGAUAUAUUUCGAUAUCUCACUGCAAACAAACAAAUAUCCUCUAUUUAUUAUCAUUAUCAUUAUUAUGUAAUUUAGACAUCAACCACAUUUUUACUUUAUAAAGUAUAUUUUUCUUUUCAAAGAUAAUACGACCAUUUACGUUAGCGUUGAAAACUGUCUUUUUCAGAGCAAUAAUUAUUCGUGAUCAGAUAAGUGUACAUUGAUAAUAUCCGCUUUUGUAAGAUAAAAAUCAGCGAAAGCGGCACGAAAUCAUCAAGAAUAGAAAUAUGUUUGAUAAGACAUAUUGUGUCAAAACACACAAAUAUUCGCACGCAAGCUCUGGGUGGCCGCUUUUGUAAUAUUCUAAGGUUCUUAAAACGUUAAAAUUUCAAAAUUAUCAAACCGAGCCCAAAAUCGAUUACACACCGAAAUUAAGGAGCACUUCCCUUUUAAGUUAUAAUGAAGGGGUUUCAUCUGGUUUCUAAACUGCGUUGUUUUAUAUAUCACAAUUGAUAAUAUUGGACUCAUAAAUUUAACUAAAGAAAACUUCCAAGCAUUAAGACUAAUCGUCAUCAGAUUAACA